GAGGAUCAGCAAAGAUCAUACAGUACAUAUUUUUAUAGACCAGUUUUGUGUGUUCUGUUGCAAAGAAGAAAGAUAACUCAAACGAAAAAAAAACAUUGGAUCAUUAACCUACAGCUCUCAUAUCAAGGAUAACUGGGUUUUUAUAAUACCCAAAAACUUGAAAUGGAGGGGAAAUUGACAAAAUAAAAAUGCAUAAAGGAAAAAAUUGAAGAUGAAACCCUAUUUAGAGUUUUAUAGAUAAAAUUCAAGUCUCGUACAAGUUUUGUUAUUAUAUAUUUGCAAAAUGCGUGUAGAAACCGGUUGCCUUUAAGGAUCGUUUGCUGACAGUAAAAAUGUUCUCUGCCAACUCUUGUUGAAGAAGAUCAAGAAGUUCCGACAGUUCCCUGACGGCAGCUUUGCUGAAGGGCUGCUGGCUUUUCAAACUCUACAUAAUAUACAAACUGUGAGAACAGAUUUUUCUUAUUGAUAAAAUUUAUAUACGAGAGUUCAAUUCAAUAGAAUAUUUAUUUUUUAAUGAUUUUCUUUUCGCAACUAUGAGUUUAUAAAGAUUAACAAAGAAAUGAUAAAGAGAAGAAUUUUUUAACACCAUUUUCAUUUUAAUCUAAAGAUGCGAUUUUUAUAACGAAUCAAAGAUAACACAUUAGUCAUGUUACUGGUGGAGAGUAUCAUUCGCAGCCUAAAUGGCAAAAGUGCUCAUGGAAAUGGAGAUAUCAAAGAAGAACUCCGAAAGACCGCCAUCAAUGAAGGACAAAUUGAUAGUCAAAAAAUAAAUAGAUCAACUCCGAUUAUUUCCAAUUCAGUCAACUCAAAUAUUAAGACUGAAUUUGAAUCGAAUGUGUUGAACGAUGCAUCUGUAAAAGCUCGUCGCAAUGGCAAUGAUAAAUGCACCGAGGAUGAAGGAAGAAAGCGUUUAGAAGAAAAUUCGGAACUCAAGAGUCGAGAGUCAUGGGAUGAAGAGGAGGAGCUCACCUUAGACCUCGAGGAACCCUCCCAAGAAGUGAUGGAGUAUGCCAGACGGGAGCUGGGUGAAACCGAGGAGGUCAAGUGCCAAACUCUUCAAGAGUUACGCGAAAUGAUAUAUGAAAGGGGAGAAUGUUCACCACAUCGAAUGGAUGAUAGUUUUCUCAUCAGAUUUCUACGAGCCCGUAAUUUUAAUGUAUAUCGAGCCCAUCGGUUGGUAGUGAAUUACUUUAAUUUUAAAGAGGAGCAUCCUUCGAUUCACAACAAUGUAAAUCCCCUAAAUAUGAGGCAUAUCGGCGAUGAUGAUGUAAUGACUGUUCCAGCGUAUAGAACACAAUGCGGAAGAAGAAUGAUGAUAUACAGGAUAGGCAAUUGGGAUCCCAGGAAAUAUUCAGUGGAAGAAUUGUUCAAGGCAACAGUUAUUGUCCUUGAAUUGGGAAUUCUCGAGCCAAGAGCCCAAGUUCUCGGUGGUGUAGUUAUCUUCGAUCUUGAAGGAAUUACAAUGGCACAUGCUUGGACAAUCACUCCUCAGAUUGCAAGCAUGGUUAUUGCCUUGAUGGUGACAUCAUUUCCAAUGAAAACGCACGCAAUUCACAUUUUAAAUCAAUCGUGGGUAUUUGAUGCAAUUUUUGCCGUUUUUAAACCGUUGUUAGAUUCAAGAAUGCAGGAUAAAAUAUAUUUCCAUGGUCAUGACAUGAGUAGCCUUCAUCAAUAUGUUGCACCGGAAAAUUUGCCAAAAAAAUAUGGUGGCACACAAGAGGAGCUUCCCUACUAUAAAUGGAUCGAUUCACUUAGUCAAAAGCCCAUUGUUGUCAAGGAAAUGCAUCAAGUUGGAUAUAUAAUUCCCGAUGAGAUUCUCGAAACAAUAAAAGAUUUAUAAAUCUGU